AUGCCAGCUCAGUUCUCACCUUCCACCGCCUUCCACCACCUUCCACCACCUUCCACUACCUUUUACUACCUUCCAUUACAUUCCACCACCUUCCACUACCUUCCAUCACCUUCCACCACCUUCCACUACCUUUUACUACCUUCCAUUACAUUCCACCACCUUCCACCACCUUUCACCACCUUCCAUCACCUUCCACCACCUUCCACUACCUUUUACUACCUUCCAUUACAUUCCACCACCUUCCAUUACAUUCCACCACCUUCCAUCACCUUCCACCACCUUCCACCACCCUUCACCACCUUCCAUCACCUUCCACCACUUUCCACCACCUUCCAUCACCUUCCAUCACCUUCCACCACCUUCCAUCACCUUCCACCACCUUCCAUCACCUUCCACCACCUUCCACCACCCUUCACCACCUUCCAUCACCUUCCACCACUUUCCACCACUUUACACCACCUUCCAUCACCUUCCAUCACCUUCCACCACCUUCCACCACCAUUCACCACCUUCCACCACCUUCCACCACCUUCCAUCACCUUCCAUCACCUUCCACCACCCUUCACCACCUUCCAUCACCUUCCACCACUUUCCACCACCUUCCAUCACCUUCCAUCACCUUCCAUCACCUUCCACCACCUUCCAUCACCUUCCACCACCUUCCACCACCAUUCACCACCUUCCAUCACCUUCCACCACCCUUCACCACCUUCCAUCACCUUCCACCACCCUUCACCACCUUCCAUCACCUUCCAUCACCUUCCACCACCUUCCAUCACCUUCCACCACCUUCCACCACCUUCCACCACCUUCCAUCACCUUCCACCACCUUCCACCACCUUCCACCACCUUCCACUACCUUUUACUACCUUCCAUUACAUUCCACCACCUUCCACCACCUUCCAUCACCUUCCACCACCUUCCACCACCUUCCACCACCUUCCACCACCUUCCAUCACCUUCCACUACCUUCCAUCACCUUCCACCACCUUCCAUCACCUUCCACCACCUUCCACCACCUUCCACCACCUUCCAUCACCUUUCACCACCUUCCAUCACCUUCCACCACCUUCCAUCACCUUCCACCACCUUCCAUCACCUUCCACCACCUUCCAUCACCUUCCACCACCUUCCACCACCCUUCACCACCUUCCAUCACCUUCCACCACUUUCCACCACCUUCCACCACCUUCCAUCACCUUCCACCACCUUCCACCACCUUCCACCACCUUCCUGAGCCCUCCUUGCAGGGCCAGAAAGAAAGGAGCGGCUGAAGCCAGCGUGAAGCAUUUCCACACGCUCACACACACAAACCACAAAAGCAAAAGGAAAAAGGUGUCAUUUGGAGGCAGACAGGGUGAAAUUUGA